AUGAUCCGGUAUACGAUACCAAGAGGAGUUGCGUGGAGAUAUGUGGGUUUCCCAAGGCGGCUUGCAGUGCCCACUUUAACAAGGUUCAGCUCCACUUUCAUUCCACAGCCAAAUGCCAAAGUAAAACGUAUAAAGACCAAAGAAGAGCUGGCGAGAGAGAAGCUGGAAGAGCAAAUGCAAUCUAAGAACUGGUUUGUCAGAUGGGGUGCGAUUGCUAGAAGUGAGAGGUUCACGAAGGGAAUGACCAAGUACCUGAUCGGAGCUUAUAUCUUCUUCCUAAUUUACGGUUUGUACUUCAUGAAGAAGCUUUACGCAAAGGAAAAAGAGCUGGAAACGCUGGAGGCAAAACUUCUCGAAGGAAAAGCCAAUGAAUUUGAGACCUUGAGGAUCAAAGAGCUUCGCGGGAAACUGAGAACGAGGGACGAGUUAAAGCUGGCAAAGUACCGUGAAAUGAGGAAAGAUGAGGGACAGGACUACAGCGAAUUUGACAAUGUCAAGCUGGAAAACAAUGACCAAAACAGAUUGAACACUCAAAUUCUGCCAGCACGCGAUACAACUGAGUUUUAUGACGCAAAGGCUGCAGAUUACGAUAAAGGCGUGAACUUCGAAGAGAAAGCGAUUUUUAUGGGAAGAAGGCGUAAAUGGCUUAUGAAACACUGCCAAGGAGACGUCCUGGAAAUAGCUUGUGGUACCGGAAGAAAUUUGAAAUACGCGGAUCUAGCUAAUAUAAACUCCAUCACUUUCCUAGACGCUUCCAAGAAGAUGAUGGAAAUUACCCAUGAAAAGUUCCGGGAAGAAUUUCCAAACUUCAAAAGGGCUGCUUUUGUUGUCGGGAAAGCAGAAAGCCUGUUAGAGUUGGCCUCUGGGGGAUCUUCUGCGAACCUCGACCCCAGCACCAAGGUGAAAUACGACACAAUUGUGGAAGCAUUCGGGUUGUGCUCUCAUCAAGAUCCUGUGAAAGCCCUCAAGAACUUCGAAAUGCUACUGAAACCAGGCGGGCGAAUCGUGCUGUUAGAGCACGGAAGAGGUAAGUACGGGUUCAUUAACAAGAUUCUUGACGACAGGGCAGAGAAACGGUUAGAAACUUGGGGUUGUCGGUGGAAUCUUGAUUUGGGCGAAAUCCUUGAUGACUCUGGGCUGGAGAUUGUUGAAGAGAAGCGGACGCAUUUGGGUACCACAUGGUGCAUCGUCGCAAAGAGAAAGGGUGAUGUGAAGAAAGAGACUGAGGUUGGAUUCAUUGAGAAAUAUUUUGGAUCCAGUAUCAAGGGAAAAUUCGAAGCCUACGAGAAUGCGAACAAGCCCAAAGACUCUAAAAACAAUCAUUAA